AUGCCGGCGUACUCCAAGCGCGCCAGGUCCCAGCUGUCUGUGCUGCGCCGGAGGCCCUUGAGCACCGUUCAGGUCUUUAGCCACGUGGCCACUUUCUACUGCAUUGGAUGCUUCGCUGGAUUGGUGGUCCCGGCGUGGUGCAGCGGCGGUGCCGAUACCUGGGGGCCGGUCUUGGUUGCCAUUUUCUGGUUCGUCUUCGUUGCCGAUUUGUCGCUGUAUGGUUGGAUUCUCAACGUGGAUUGCCGCUACGUUGAGGCUCUGCCAGGCAUGCCGGACAGUUACUCAGGCAGCGAGUCUCGGCAGUGCGACGACUGUGGUACUCAUGUGUCACAUACACGCGUCAAGCAUUGCCAAAGCUGUGGCUGGUGUAUGGAGGGGUUCGACCACCAUUGCCGAUACCUCAACGUUUGUGUGGGGGGCAGGAGCUACCCGGCCUGGUUUAGCUUCGUGGCGCUGCUGUUCAUACUGAUGGUCACGUGCAGCUUCGCCCACUUCCACUUGCUCAGUGAUCCGUCGAGUCACGACUUGCACCAGUCGCAGCCAGUGGUGUUCUAUAUCUUCGCCAGCGUUGCUGGUUGUAUAUCUUCCAUGGAAUCUCUAUUCCUCCUUGCGUUGAUCGCCCAGCACACCUACUUCUGCUUAGUAGGCAUCACCACUUUGGAGUACAUCAAGGAUCAGGCCAGCGCCUUCCCAGGGCUGCCGCCGAACGGCUGGCGAGAGGCUGUGGAGCGCGGCGAGUGCUUCGACUGUGGUGGCCUCUUGGAGCUGGUGGAGGCGCCUGAUGUGAAUGAAGUGCUCUACUGCUCUAUCUGCCAGGGUGAUAUUGCCAAGGCUGGCGUAGUCUGCUGGCAGUGUGACAUUUGCGACCUUUGCUCGGUAUGUCCGCUGUGUUAUCGGUUAGCUUCGUCGACUUCGACAGUUAUCACGUACCGCGCCUCUGCCCUGAGGCGGCGCUCACAGGCGGUGAUGGGUGCUUUAGACCUCACACGCAGCAGAAGCCAGGGAGGAGGUAGCAGCUGCAAGACGUCAUGGACGCCCAACGGCUCUACCUCUGGCGAACAGCGAGAGCACCGCGCCAUCAGUCGGCGCACGAUUUCCGCCGUGGUGGCUGCUGUGGAAGGCCAUGGCGGCGAGACGAAGGAUGCCUGGACGUGCUGUCCUUGCGGCCGCCGAGAGGAGGAGGCCGAGUCUGAAAGCUCUACCGAGGAAGGUGAUGAUGCAGGAUGA